GCCGCGACCCCGAGCCCGAACGGAGCCCGAACCCGAGCCCCGAGCGCCGCGCUCGGCCCGCUCCACUCCCCUCCCCGGAGGCCCGGAUUACAUAACGGCGCCGGAGCGAGCAGCUGCAGGAUUACAGUAUGCGGAUUAGGGAUUACGUUGAUUCAGCAGAUUGUCCUGUGCAUGUCUGAGAAAGAUUACACCAGCAGAGUUAAGAAUACCCGUUUGCUGUGGCAAUUCCAUGGGUUUUUUUCUGAUGCCUGAUGAUUUUCUGAGCUCAGAUCAGUUACGAGCUUCAGACACUGAAGAGAUGAGAAGUUAUACCUAGAGCAAAGUGUAGCUGUGAGCCAGCUCAAGAGGACGCCUUUGGGUGGGGACCUUGCUGUUACAGCCCAGUAUCACAGGGAGCUGCCAUUUCAGAUUUUCCUGUAUGGCCAGGACACUUAAAAAGCUAGAGAAGCCACCUGAGGUCCCAUGAAAACCAGAAGCAUCUACUCAUAAAGUGCUGUUGCCUCUGACCAAGAACAAAAAUUGUUGUUGGAAUAAUAUGCGAACAGAUCAUGAAGAACUCUGUGGCACUAGUUAUGGAUCUUUUUGUCUAAAUGGAGGGAUUUGUUAUAUGAUUCCUACUGUACCCAGUCCAUUCUGCAGGUGUAUCGAGAGUUACACAGGAGCUCGUUGUGAGGAAGUUCUGCUGCCCAGCAUCAAAUCCCAAACAAAAGGUGACCUGUUUGCAGCUUUCUUGGCUUCCCUUCUUCUUCUAGGAGUUCUUGUAAUUGGAGCAUUCUACUUCCUUUGCAGGAAAGUUUCCAUUGCAAGGACAAGUUCUUCAGAGCAUGGUGCCAACCUAGCUGAAACCACGAGCAGCAAUGGCUGCAACAAAAUAACAACAGCCUAAAGCAUUAGAGUGAAAGAAUGGUGGGGAAACAACAUGCAGAGCGACCCUAAGGAUCUAAGCUGUAGAGGGUGACAUGGUGAGCAAGAUGAGGGAAGCAAGUUGACUGAAACAGGAGGCUGACAUGUUGGAGAAGAUUACAUCUAAGACCUGAACAGUUGCACUUAAUGGAGUUUCUGUGUACUUUAAAAGCUGUAUCAAUUAUACAGGAAUUACUAUAAUUUAUGUUUGAAUUCUGUGAGAUUUUUUAUAGUUUUCAAUAAUGCACAGGUAGAUGCAUGAGAGAAUUUUGGGUUUUACUACAUGGGAAAUAAAUAAAAUACAGUAUUUUUUUUCACUGCAUAGAGAAUAUGAGGUAUCACAGGAUUUUAGCAUGAAGUGAUAUUAUAAAUUUUUGAUAGGGGUUUUUCAUUUUCCACAGGAUUUCCCCAGAGCUGAAGCCUGUCUUGAUUCAAUAGCUUCAAAAUUGGUAUUUGUGAUACACCUCCAGAAUUGGGCUUGUUUCAGAUACUCUUACCAGACAUAGGGGGAAACCCCAACCUUUCUCCCAGCUAAUAUUUAUGUUUUGUUUUUUUUUUAAAUUGUAACACAUCACCAGCAUGAGCUACCAUUGGUAGUUUAUUGCCACACACAGUUUUAUACAAAUUAAAGGGAAAUAUUAAAAAAAGAGUUAUAAUGGUUAAAAAAGUUUUUUAGGCAGAGUUUGGUAUACAUUCCUAAUAGUAAGCAAGAUACCUUCCUUGAGGUUUUUAAUUUUGUCUGGCUUUCUUCUGAAAAUCUCACUACUGAGGGAAAUUCCAACCUUACUUUGUUCCAGUUGAUAUUUCAGAUAGCAAAAAUCAGGAAUUUUAUUCAUCAGGUCAAUUUCUGACACAAAAUAUUAUCCAGACAGGUGUCUUGGCUGAAAAAAUGCUGCCCUCUCCAAAGAUUUAUUUAUUUUCUUCACAUAAGCAUCUGUUGAUCACACUAAUAUAUCACAUACCACACUUUGGUCCCUUACAGGAUUCUCUUACUCAGACAAAGAGAGGCCACUUGCCAUGGUCCAUGUCUUUUUUUGCCACAAAUAGAACGUCUGGUUGGUCAGAAAAUGUGAACUGAACAAUUUUCAACUUAUUUCUAGUGCUGGAGGCUGAAACCAGAAAAAAAAACCAAAACCAAAACCAGAUAUGUUUCCAUAACAGCACAUUACCAAGCAGGUCAUUAUAUGGGAUUUAUAAGGUUGUACUGAAGGGAAGGUUAGCUAAGAAAAUUCAUUAACUGAGAGAAAAUUCAGAACAGAGAUUUCUUAUCUCCGAAAGAAACAAUCUGAAGAUCUAUAAAAACAUGGGUGCAGAGAAAAUGUUGAAUAAGCUCCUAUUUGUAGGAUGUCUAGUCCAUGCUCUGGUGUCAGAAGAAGCAGUGUGUACUUUGUAUCAGUGUAGACAGAAGCACAGUGGGAUGGAAGAAAAGGCAUGUGGGUACAGCACAUAAGGUGAGAAGUCAGAGAAAUCACGUCACAAUGGCACUAGAACACAAACCAGAAUAAUUCAUUACCAUCUGAAAAUUCCUGUCAGAGAGCUCAGAGUCCAAGGCAGUGCUCAGCAUGUGAAAGGAGAAUCUGAGAGCACCAAAUGAGCUAGAGGACCUGAUCCAGAGACUACCUUAUAUAAAGCACUAGAAGAUCACUUUCUCCCCAGAUUCUACUCAGUCUUACAUGUUACUUUCUGGACUUCAAAUCUUUAGCAGAUAAGCUGAAGGAAGCUGAUAAUAUUGUUUCAAGGGCUAAGAAGGAUAAAAGUAAUUUUUCAUCACAUAGGGACAGGCCACUGCUGUAGAGAGUUCAGGAAAUGCGUGGCAGUACUGACAGUUACAUCAGAAUCAGCAUUACCUGAAGUACUUUGCACAGCCUCAGUGAAAAUGAAUCAGAGAUGACAGCUGGUACAUCACUGCUGUGUUACUGAUCAUGAGACAGUCAGGCUUAUAGUUGGGUAUACUGUCUCCACUGAAGAAGGAAAAGGCUUUGUGGUCAUCUUCAGUGGCAAUACAGGAAGGAGAUACUAACAGAAAAUAUAAGAAAUAAAUGGACUGAAGUUAUUCUGUAUAAGCUCUUUGAAUCCUCUCAGCUUUCUAAACAGACAUGGAAUAAUAACUCAUUGAUACUGAGCUUGUUUGCAUUAUUUGGAAAACAAUCUGUACGAAAGUGGGGCUGAAUAAACUGACGCCAUGUUUAAAUGCAAACAAGCUGAUUUAUGAAACACUUAUCUGUGAAGGAAAUGCUACUAGCAAUUCAGACUGCCUCAAACCCAUUGAACAUUUCAGCUGCCAAAUUUCAGUUCACAAACUUUGUGACUAUGAUGUUCAAAUCAAAAUGACAUUUGAAGUAGUCAAAUGCCACAGAAAGUACAGGGUAGCCAACAGUAAAUAUAAUUUAAUAAAAUAGUGCAACACUCUUUUGCAAUGAUUGCUUAUAAAAUUAAUGAAGUAGUCGUGUGAGCAAUUAAAUUAAGGAAACUCCAGUUCCAAUGGAUCAGAUCUUGUGGUUGGAGUCACUGGACUCUAAAAAAUUAUUACAUGUUUAUAAAAGGGUGAGUAAUAAGGGCUCUCUUCUGUCUGACUUCCAUUUUCAUGAAACAGAAGAUCUCAAGUCUUCGAAACUACCUCUCCACCAGCUGAAAGGUUAUAUAGGGAAGAAACUGGAAAAGACUAAUUUCCUAAGAAACUCCAUUACUACGAUUAUACAACAGUCUAUUAGAGUGUUAUAGCAAAAAUUCUUUUAUACCUGGGGAUUGGUGUUACCUGCCAGAACCUUGUGCUAGCAGUCUCUAAUGUAUUGCAAAAACUUUUUGAUCACUUGCAGAGCUGACAGCCAUUAACAGAAAAUCUCUUUAUAGACCUGUGAGUGAGAGGUUGCUUAUGUGUUACUCAAUAUAGAAUUGUUUUUCAUUAGCAGCCCAAACAAACACUGGAGCGAAGUAUGGUGAAAGUUACAGUCCAAGAAGAAAGUCAAAUGGCUUUUCAAAGAAAAUGAGGAUUUCUCUGUGCUACAUAGUCUUUUGGUUUACAGUGUUAAGCAUUAAGCAGAAAAACCAACAGAAGUCCAUUUGGUAGCACUCUCCAUUUAUAGAUAACGUCAAUGUUGUGCAACUCCUUCAAAAUUUACUGUACUAAAAGGAAACAUUUUCCUUCUGGCCCUGAAUUUUUGAAGAGCUGUAGAGAGGUUCUGAUUGUGUGACUCAGUUAUUUGAGAAUGGAAAGCCAAGAAAUGCAGCAGAAACAGUAAUUCUUCUGUGUAAGUUAUCUGCUUAUGCUCAUCCCGCUCUGUUCUUGCUCUCCUGUAGCCUGUUCAACAUACAGUAAUUUCACGAAUACAAGCCGCACCAAUUUGACCAAAAGUUUGGUGGAAACCCGGA